AUGAGUGACUCUACCUCAGCGUAUCCCCCCCAUGGGCCUCCCAAAGAGCUGACAUUCACCAUAAAUGAGCUUGUGGCGGCACUAAAGCUUAUUAGGGAUCAGAAUGAAAUUUUUGAACGUGCCCAUGACGGCAUCACUGCAGAGUUUCCCUCACCGCAAUUGAUGCCAGGAGCCUGCCCGGCAUGUGCCUUGCGGACGCAUCGACGUAACUGUUAUGCUUGCCAUGCUGAGAUUAUAGACUCGGAGGCACCUUCGAAUUCAGCCAAUGUCCCGCUUGAUCCCCCUCAAGGCAGCGGUGAAGUGUUCCUUGUACAAUGCUGA